AGCGCAGAGGAGGAGAAGAGGACGAAAAAUAUCACGCCGCCGGCGCUGCCGCCCUCCGCUCCGCCGCUAUAAAUCGCCGCCGAUUUCAAAGCCUCCGGAAAUGGGACUCGCCUCCACCGCCACCGCCACCCGCCGCAAUGCUGUGCCUCACUUCCUCCUCCGCCGUCCCGCGCUUGCCCUCUCCCGCUGAUCGGGCGGGGCCGGGAAUCACGGGUGGGGCUGGCAAUGUUCGCCUGAGCGUGCUAUCUGCUGCGGCGCGUCGGUCGUGGCCUGCCAAGGUCAAGACCAAUUUCUCAGUUCCUGUGACUGUGCAACAAAGCACAACUAUGGUGACUGUUGAGGAGGAUGUCGACCACCUUCCUAUAUACGAUCUGGACCCAAAGCUGGAGGGAUUCAAGGAUCACUUCAACUAUAGGAUGAAAAGAUACCUCGACCAGAAAUGUUUGAUUGAAAAACAUGAGGGGGGCCUUGAAGAAUUUUCUAAAGGUUAUUUGAAGUUUGGGAUUAAUACAGUUGGUGAUGCAACUAUAUAUCGUGAAUGGGCACCUGCUGCACAAGAAGCACAGCUCAUUGGUGAUUUCAAUAACUGGAAUGGUGCAAAACACAAAAUGCAGAAGGAUAAAUUUGGCAUUUGGUCAAUCAAGAUUUCACAUGUCAAUGGGAAACCUGCCAUCCCUCACAAUUCCAAGGUUAAAUUUCACUUUAGGCAUGCGGGUGGAGCAUGGAUUGAUCGGAUUCCUGCAUGGAUUCGUUAUGCAACUUUUGAUGCCUCUAAAUUUGGAGCUCCUUAUGAUGGUGUACACUGGGAUCCUCCAUCCUGUGAAAGGUAUGUGUUUAAACAUCCUAGACCUCCAAAGCCUGAUUCUCCACGCAUCUAUGAGGCUCAUGUGGGGAUGAGUGGUGAAAAGCCGCAAGUAAGCACAUAUAGAGAAUUUGCAGACAAUGUGUUACCACGCAUACGGGCAAAUAACUACAACACAGUUCAGUUGAUGGCAAUUAUGGAACAUUCCUACUAUGCUUCUUUUGGGUAUCAUGUGACAAAUUUUUUUGCAGUCAGCAGCAGAUCAGGAACACCAGAGGAUCUGAAAUAUCUUGUUGACAAGGCACAUAGUUUAGGAUUGCGAGUUCUGAUGGAUGUUGUCCAUAGCCAUGCAAGUAAUAAUGUGACUGAUGGUCUCAAUGGCUAUGAUGUUGGACAAAACACCCAGGAGUCUUAUUUCCACACAGGAGAUAGGGGCUACCAUAAACUCUGGGAUAGUCGUCUGUUCAACUAUGCCAAUUGGGAGGUCUUAAGAUUUCUUCUUUCUAAUUUGAGAUAUUGGAUGGAUGAAUUCAUGUUUGAUGGCUUCCGAUUUGACGGGGUUACGUCAAUGCUAUACCAUCACCAUGGUAUCAAUAUGGCAUUUACUGGAAACUACAAGGAGUAUUUCAGUUUGGAUACUGAUGUAGAUGCAGUUGUUUACAUGAUGCUCGCAAACCAUUUAAUGCACAAACUCUUGCCAGAAGCAACUGUUAUCGCUGAAGAUGUUUCAGGCAUGCCAGUGCUUUGUCGUCCAGUUGAUGAAGGUGGAGUAGGUUUUGACUUCCGCCUGGCAAUGGCCAUUCCUGAUAGAUGGAUUGACUAUUUGAAGAACAAAGAGGACUGCAAAUGGUCAAUGGGUGAAAUAGUGCAAACUUUGACUAACAGGAGAUAUACAGAAAAAUGCAUUGCGUAUGCUGAGAGCCAUGAUCAGUCCAUCGUUGGUGACAAGACUAUAGCAUUUCUCCUGAUGGACAAGGAAAUGUACACUGGCAUGUCAGACUUGCAGCCUGCUUCACCUACCAUUGAUCGUGGCAUUGCACUCCAAAAGAUGAUUCACUUCAUCACGAUGGCCCUUGGAGGUGAUGGCUACUUAAAUUUUAUGGGUAACGAGUUUGGCCAUCCAGAAUGGAUUGACUUUCCAAGAGAAGGCAACAAGUGGAGCUAUGAUAAAUGCAGACGCCAGUGGAGCCUUGUUGACACUGAUCACCUUCGGUACAAGUACAUGAACGCGUUUGAUCAAGCAAUGAAUGCACUCGAUGAGAAUUUUUCCUUCCUAUCAUCAUCAAAGCAGAUAGUCAGCGACAUGAAUGAGAAAGAAAAGGUUAUCGUCUUUGAACGUGGAGGUUUGGUUUUUGUUUUCAAUUUUCAUCCCAAAAAGACUUAUCAGGGUUACAAAGUCGGAUGUGACUUACCGGGGAAGUACAGAGUAGCUCUGGACUCUGAUGCUUUGGUCUUUGGUGGCCAUGGAAGAGUUGGCCAUGAUGUGGAUCACUUCACAUCUCCUGAAGGAGUACCAGGAGUACCAGAAACAAAUUUCAACAACCGCCCUAACUCAUUCAAAGUCCUUUCUCCUCCCCGUACUUGUGUGGCUUACUAUCGCGUUGAUGAAGAUUGUCAAGAGCUCGGGAGGGCAGGAGCAGCUGCUUCUGGGAAGAUUGUUACGGAGUAUAUCGAUGUCGACGUUGCUGAGGUCAAAAGGCCUACUACGAAGGAGGGUGAUGAAGCAACAGAUGGGGAGACUAUCUAUGGUGGCGGGAAGGGUUCCUGGAAGGAUGAUUCUGGGAAGAAAGGGAUGAAGUUUGUGUUUCGGUCUUCUGAGGAAGACUGCAAAUGAAGCACCGGAUUUCUUGAUCAGGUGGCUUGCCUUGGACUUGUUUGUGGUUCUUUGGCUGUUGUUAUCUGCCUAUGGAUGACAUGAAACUUCAUGUAUAGUUAUCCAGAAAGGAAGAAUAAGCAGUGAUGAUGUGACCUUACACCUGAUCUGCAUAGUGAAUGUUAGGAUAAUAGCCAGCUCUGGCUGUGUGCACAAUAUAAAAAAUAAAGCUUCAAGCUUUCAUCCAGAA